AGGCUAGAGCCGCGUGCGGAGACAACAAUUUUUUUGGUUAAUACACCAAAAAAUAUUUCGUUUGUCAAACGUUAACGUUGGCACAAACGAACGAGUUAGUAAUAAUUAUAGGAUUAAUUACCUUAAGUGAAGUGUACGAGGCCAGAAGGCAACACAAUUAUGCAUUGGGAUUGGGAUUGGCAUUAUGAUCAUCAUUGGCAUAGACCAUGGGAUUCUUAUCGCUAUCAUUACAAAUGUCCUUGGCGCAAACGUAUGUGGUCUUCAUUAAUUGAUUUCGAUUGGGAUUUUCAUCAUUUCGAUUGUUAUCAUCAAAUGCCAGAAUGGUGUCAUAGAUCCUGUUUGACGGGUAGAGUGUAUGUGGAAACGGGUGAGGAAGAGGAUAGCUGUGGCAAGGGUACUUAUAAGAUUGUUGUGGAUGUACACCAUUUCCGAGCGGAUGAAUUAAAGCUAAAGGUGAAAAACUUUGAUACUUUAAUAUUAGAGGGCCAGCAUAAAGAUGAGCGGGCCCAGAAAACACCAGCCUUGUGUAUAACAAAACAAUUUGUGCGUAAAUAUAAACUGCCGCGUAAUUAUGAUGCCACCUUGGCCAAGGCCACACUUUCUAAGGAUGGCAUUAUCAGCAUCAUAGUGCCUGCUCCUCCCGCUGUAGAUGAUGUAGAACGAGAAAUUGAAAUACAAGCAACAGAAAGCUAUUUUGGUUCUGUCGAAGAUAAGGACAAAAGCAAAGCUUUGGAAGAUAAAAAGCAGCAACAGUCAGCUGAGGAAAAUAAAGAAGAAAACUAAAUUGGUUUUUCUUCAGAACUGUCAGUUAUUUGCUAACAAAAAUGGAAAUUUUAUAAAUCUUAAAAAAAUUUAAUAUUUAAAUUUCUAAGCACUUUAAGCGUAGAGAAACAAUUGCUUUUGGCCACCACUGUAGUAAACAAUUUUGUAGUUCAAUUAAACAGAACGUUCUGGCAAACCCCAAGUUAAACACUAAAAUAGUGUUAAACAAACUGUUUUCAUAUUAAGAAGCAAAAAAAAAAAAAAACAAAUCACCUAUAAAAAAUUUUUAAAAUAGUUCAAGUAGCUUUAGAUGUUUAAGAACAAAAAAAUAGAUUAAUUAAAAACAAAUUUUA